AUGCCCCCAAACAAGGGUCUAGUUCACCUCAAGGAGUAUGACAUCAAGGACAGCAAUGUUGAGCUGAUUGGCAGCGCCCUCGACCACCGCGUCAAGUACCAGUCGGCGCAGACGGAACCGGCCUGGAACGACGGCCGCGUAGGCAUAGAGCCGGGAUUGCUGGUCUGGCGGAUCGAGCGCUUCGAGGUGGUGCCCUGGCCGCGCGACCGGUACGGCCAGUUCUACGACGGCGACAGCUACAUCGUCCUACACUCGUGGAAGGUCGGCAAGGACAACCAGGACGCCCAGCAGCAGGGUGACGGCGAGCAGGAGAAGGAGCAGAACAAGCUCGGCCACGAGAUCUUCUUCUGGCUCGGCCGCUACACGACGCAGGACGAGGCCGGCACCGCCGCCUACAAGACGGUGGAGCUGGACGAGUUCCUGCGCGGGCGCGCCACGCAGCACCGCGAGCUGCAAAAGUGCAUGUCGGACGAGUUCGUGGCCCUGUUCCCGCGCAUCAAGAUCCUGUCGGGCGGCGUCGAGUCGGGCUUCCGGCGCGUCGAGGAGGACCCCGAGGACAAGAACAAGCAGGACUACGUCACGCUGCUGCGCGUCUUCAAGCUCCCCGGCGGCCGGGCCGGGCGCGACUCGAUCGUGGUGCACGAGGUGGACGCCAGCGCCGCCAGCCUCGACGACAAGGACGUCUUCGUGCUCGACACGGGCAGCAAGAUCUGGGUCUGGCAGGGCCGCGCCUGCUCGCCCAUGGAGAAGGCCAAGGCCGCCCAGGUCGUGCACGACUUGACGCUGGCCAAGCACGUCGAGGUCGAGGUGCUGUCGCAGACCGAGUCGCGCCACAGCGUCGUCGUGUCCAUGCUCGGCGGCGCCCAGGACGAGUACGGCCCCAGCCACGUCUUCAAGUGCGCCAGGCCCGUCGGGACCCGGUCGGGAGACGACUCGUCACAGCCGCAGCAGACCCAGCAGCGGAGGAGGAGGCCCCGUCGUCUUUGGCGCCUCAGCGACGCGUCCGGGAGGCUCGAGUUCACGCUGGUCAAGGACGGAGAGCCCCUGUCGCCGCGGGACCUGGACGGCAACGACGUCUUCCUGCUCGACGACGAAGGCCGCGAGAUCUGGAUCUGGGAAGGCCGCGGGGCCAGCAAGGCGGAGAAGGCUUCGUGGCUCAGGGUCGCGCAGCACUAUGUGCGACGCACCCUCGAGCAGGAAGGAGGCGAUGAAGACGACCUCUACUCGACGCCCAUUGCCAAGGUAAAGCAGGGCGACGAGACGCAGGGCUUCAUGAGGGCUCUUCAAGCCCAUUGA